UGACGCCGUCCCCGUCCAGUCCAGCGUGGUGUUAUGUUCCUGCCCGUCGCCAUCCAUGGUGAGGACCCAGGCUGAGUCCGGCACGGCCCCUGGCGUUCCCGGCGGAGGCCGGCAGGGCCCCGCCAUGGACAGCACGGCCGCCGAGGCCCGGCCCAGCGCCGCCCCGCUGCAGCACGCGGCGCAGCCGCCGCCACAGCCUCGGAAGAAACGGCCCGAGGACUUCAAGUUCGGCAAGAUUCUGGGCGAGGGCUCUUUCUCCACAGUGGUCCUGGCCCGAGAGCUGGCAACCUCCAGGGAAUAUGCUAUUAAAAUCCUGGAGAAGCGGCACAUCAUCAAAGAGAACAAGGCCCCAUAUGUAACCAGGGAGAGGGACGUGAUGUCGCGCCUGGACCACCCCUUCUUCGUCAGGCUCUACUUCACCUUCCAGGACGACGAGAAGCUGUACUUUGGUCUCAGCUAUGCCAAAAACGGGGAGCUGCUUAAAUACAUACGCAAGAUCGGCUCGUUUGACGAGACGUGCACGCGCUUCUACACUGCAGAGAUGGUGUCCGCGCUGGAGUACCUGCACGGCAAGGGCAUCAUCCACAGGGACCUGAAGCCAGAGAACAUUCUGCUGAAUGAAGAGAUGCAUAUUCAGAUCACUGAUUUUGGGACUGCGAAGGUGUUGUCUCCAGACAGCAAACAAGCCAGGGCCAAUUCCUUCGUGGGCACAGCCCAGUACGUCUCUCCAGAGCUGCUCACCGAGAAGUCGGCCUGUAAGAGCUCGGAUCUGUGGGCCCUGGGGUGCAUCGUCUACCAGCUCGUGGCAGGCCUGCCGCCGUUCCGGGCAGGAAACGAGUAUCUUAUAUUUCAGAAGAUCAUUAAGCUGGAAUACGACUUUCCUGAAAAAUUCUUCCCUAAGGCCAGAGACCUCGUGGAGAAACUCCUGGUUUUAGAUGCCACAAAGCGAUUGGGCUGUGAAGAAAUGGCCGGGUACGGGCCUCUUAAAGCGCACCCCUUCUUUGAGUCCAUCACGUGGGAGAAUCUGCACCUCCAGACACCCCCGAAGCUCACGGCGUACCUGCCGGCCAUGUCUGAGGACGACGAGGACUGCUACGGGAACUACGACAACCUCCUGAGCCAGUUCGGCGGCAUGCAGGUGUCGUCCUCCACCCACUCCCUGUGCGCAGCGGGCCCGGGCCCGCCCCCCCGGGCCGGCAGCAACAUCGAGCAGUACAUCCACGACCUGGACACCAACUCUUUUGAGCUGGACUUGCAGUUUUCCGAGGAGGAAAAGAGGUUGUUGCUGGAGAAGCAGGCCAGUGGGAACCCUUGGCACCAGUUUGUAGAAAAUAACUUAAUACUGAAGAUGGGCCCAGUGGACAAGCGGAAGGGUUUAUUUGCACGGCGCCGGCAGCUGCUGCUCACGGAGGGGCCACACCUGUACUACGUGGACCCCGUCAACAGAGUCCUGAAGGGCGAGAUCCCGUGGUCCCAGGAGCUCCGGCCGGAGGCCAAGAACUUUAAGACCUUCUUUGUCCACACGCCUAACAGGACGUACUACCUGAUGGACCCGAGUGGGAACGCGCACAAGUGGUGCAAGAAGAUCCAGGAGGUGUGGAGGCACCGAUACCAGAGCCCCCCGGACGCCGCCGUGCAGUGACCGCCGCCGCAGGGUGCGCGGCCCGGCGCCGUGGGCGCUUGCAGACCCCUGCCGGCCACCUCCAGGGCGCCGACGGCAGGCCGGGCAGCUUUUUAUUUAAAAGAAAAAAAAAAUACCCGACCACCCAAAGAACCAAUCAGCGCGAGAGGCGCCCAGGGCCGCGCGCCUGCUCCCUGCCCUGCGGAGGCCCGAGCUCCCUGCGGCCAGUGGCGUCGGCCCAAGCAACUGCAGCCACCAGCUUUCUGUGUGCGGUGCGCCCGGCCGGGGUGGACAUGUGCGCCUCCUGCACCCGCCGCCCCGGGGCUCUGGGUGCCGCCCACUCCACCGGGGCGCUUGGGCUUAGGCCUCAGGCUCCUCGCCAUCCCCAGGCGCUGGCCUGUCUGUGCCCCACGUCCACCUUCCCGCGUGGCCCUGGCUGUGGGAUUCUGGUUCCCACUGUGCGCGGACUGCACCACGCAGGUGAAGCGGAGGGCCGUGGCCGCCUGCCAUCCCUCGGGAGUCGGAGAGGCAGGGGGCCGAGGCCUGCAUGAGCAUUGCCCCUGGGGGCUGUCUGAGGUGAAGGGCGGGCCUGCCCUGGGAGGCGAGCCGUGCCGCCCCGUGCCCGUCCUGCGGCGGCCUCUCCACGCGGACAGUCCCGGCACCUCCGGACCCCGGCCAUCAGGACUCUGCCAGACCCGGGCUGCAUCCAUCCCUCAUGGGAUGGACAGGCACAGGCCAGUCCCCCCAACCGGGGCCCGGGGGCGUGAGGCUGGGAUUCAGCCGCCUUGUGUUGCUCCGGGGCAGGUCCUGGUGUCUGCGGGGGACGAGGAGGUGGGGAGCGCAGAUUGCGGGCGUUGUGGGCCACGUCCACCAGGCCAGGCUGGACAGCUCGAGCGGCACGCCACCACCCCCUGGCCAGGCAGCGCCCUCUCGACCAGAGCAGGAGAGGGCAAGCGGCCCUCGUGCUCGGCAGGGUCCUGGGGCUCAUCCUCGCCAGGGCCCAGGCAGCCAGACCCCGGCCACUGCCCCGGCGAGCAGCGAGGCUGAGCUCCGCUCGUGCCUCCUUCAGAGAAGCCCACCUGUGUUCACCUGCUUUUUCAGACGUGACCUUGCCUGGCUGUCUCUUUCAGGAAUUUAUCUUCAGGCUCACCCCGCGUUCCGCCUCGCCUCUGGAACAGGCCGUGGCCGUGCGCCCCAGAGUGAGCCCCGCCCGCGCUUUCUCUGGCGGUCGGUGGCGGGGAAGCAGGGGAGCCUGCGGGUUGUAGCAGGCGCACGUGGCUGCUAGGAGACCCGAUCUCCCCGGACCGCACCACUACCUCCGGCUGCACCGCCAGGCACCCCGUCGCCUCCACAGCCUGAGGUGGCCGGGCAGGAGCCGCCGCGACUGCCAUUGCCCCAGCCCAUGGCCCAAGGGCCCUGCUCUGUAGGCAACCGCACCCCCACGGCCCCCCGGUGUUAUCACCCUGUCCUUGUGCGAGCUGCACCGUCACCUGCCCUCCGUGGUGGCUCCUUGCGGUCCGAGACGUGGACGCGGGGCUGCGAGGGCUGGCCCCGGGCGGUGGGAGUGUGCCCCUUCCGCCAGCCCAGGCCCGUGUCUCCCAGAGGCAAGGACCAGCAGCGCCGCCUGCCCAGCUCCCCCCCCCCCCCCGUGGGGUCCCCCUGGCGUGGAGAAGAGGGAGCACUGGCCCGCUGGGCGCCCCGCCUUGCCUCCGGGGGCCGGGACUGGCGGCCGCUCCCCUCUGCCCUCCCUGGAGCGGCAGAAGCCUCAGCGCCCCACCCUGGGUGCUGCCCGGGCCUGGGCGAGUCUGGGCUUGCUUAAACCAAACUUUGUUUUCCGAAAGUCACUGGAGGCUUCCCCCACCCCAGGGCCGCCGGGAGCGGUGCGCUCAGCCGCCACCACCCAGAGUGCAUGUGCUCUGCCGCCCAGUGGGAGCCUAGGUCAUCGCCCGCGUCGCGCCGGCUUGUUUUCACGUGACGCUUCAGCCAUCUGCCCCGGUCGGGAGCCGUGACUCAGACACGGCUGCUGGCGGUGCCGCGGCCGGCCGUCACAAUUCCCUGUGGUAGCAUUGAGAUGGUGUCCGGGUGUCCACUGUUUAAUGAUGCUGUGACCCUUCUACAUCUUGAUCUUUGACUCCUCCCAUCCGUCCUAGACCCCCAAGAGUGGUGUUUUGGGCCAGAGAAUCACUCGCUGUAAAGGUGGCGCUCGUCCCUGCGUGCUCAGCGCCGGCCGCUCUUCAGGGGCCCAGCCCCAGACAGAUGGCGUCCCAGCAAGCCGCGCCCCAGAGGGUGGGAUGAGACUGCUGUUUUUAACGCUAAGAUAAUGUCACCCUGCGACUCAUUCCCCAAGCCUGUCCCUGGUGUCUGGGACCUGGCCACGCGCAUGCUGGCGCACCCCACCUGCUGCUACAGCCGCGUGCGCGCUGACGCCUCGGAAUCUCGUGCUCUGUCCACAAUGGUACUGAAUUCGCGUCUGCACAGUCGGCAGAGAGAGAGAAAAAAAGUGUUGAACUGACCUUGCCACACGCUUAGUGGAUGAUUGUGGUUCCUUAGACCAGUGCACAAGAGCCACUGAAGUCAAGUGAAGGUUUUGGAGACGGGACCGCCCAGCGGUCAGGCUUCACAGGAGCGUAUUUGCCCGGCUUCCCAUGCCAGGGUGGGGCUGGGGUGGCUUCAGGCCCCUCCUGCCCAGUGGCCCAUGGUGCCGUUUGUUGUCUUCAAGGCCACACUGCCGAUCUGGUUUCAUUUUUAGUUGCUCCACUUUAGUUUGGGGUCUGUUGACUCUUAGAGGGGGAACACACAGGGUCUUCAGGUGCCAGGCUGUGCAGAGGGGUUUUGGGCCUUCAUGAAGGCGGCCCCUCUCCUACCCCACCCCCACCCCCCACGGCCGGCCAGCAGGUAGUGCUCACUGCUGAGUCUGCCGCAGUGAGGCAGUUCCUGGAGAUGACGCCCUCUUGCUUUCUCCCCGCUCUCUCCUUCCCAAGCCUGCCCGACCCUGGCAAGUGCCCUUCUUCCCUGGCGGGUGCCCUGCCCAUGGCCUCUAAGCCACUGGCCACCCUGCUGUGGGGAACUGGAGGCAGCGGCUGCCGUUCUGGGAGGAGCAGCUUCCUGGAGCUCCGCCUGGGGGCGUCGCGCAGCCCUGCUGUGCACCUGAGCUGGCCAGUGACCAGGGUCGGCGCGCUUGAUGUACAGGGAAUCUUGACAAAACGCAAACCGUUUUCAGCUGUGCAACGCACCCUAUCUAGCCCUUACAGCAGAUUAACUCCGAGUAGGGGUCACUUGGCUGGACAAACCCUCCCACGAGCCCGAGUCUGAUUGGAUGUUGGCGGAGUUCAAGUGUGCAGUCUUUAGACCUGCUGUAUCUGUCCCUUACCAACGCAGAGUAGGCCGAGUGGUGGCGCGCGGCCGUGGGGCUGGCGGUGAGCACGAGCGCAAGGAAUACUCUCUACCUGGUCAGUAGCUGUAACUGUGAUGUACAGGCAAAGCAAAAAUUUAAAAGAUGUAUGAAAACAAAUAAUGCAAUGAUAUUAGGAUAUACACUUUUGUACUUUUAUUCUUAUAUAAGGUUAUUUGCUGGCUAUCGUUGGCCUCUAUUCAGUCUGUGUUAUUUAAAAUCUAAUAUAUGAAUUACUUGGAUUGAGUUCAUGUCCGGGGCCACGUUGUAUGUAUUGAUGUACAGCCUUGAAUGUGAAUAAUUAUUGUAAACUAUAUUUUACAACUUUUUUUCUGGCUUUUAUUAUAUAAAUUUUCUAUUUGGUCAAUGAUUUAAUCCUAUCAUAAUUUAAUGAACCUGUUUACCCGUUUUUCCCCAAGUGUUUGUGCUUAGAUGUAGUUACCGGAUGAUGAGUUUCCCACGUAUGCUCGGUAGCCUUGUAAUAAACACGCAUGUGGAGAGU